AUGAAGAGCUUCGAUGAGGUCUCUCGCCCAGCCGAGGCCGAAGCAAGGAGCACCGUCUCCGGCGCUGGACGCUCUUCUCGGACCGCGUCAGUCGGUGACAGCGGCUCGCUACACUCUCCGGCCGAGCCCAGCCCAGCAGCCCCAGAAGCGUCGACCUCCCAGAAACCCGCAGAAGAGCAGACCGAUGGUCUAUUAAAUGCUCCCAUCGAUGAAGAGGGCGGGUUGAAACGAUCACCUCUUUCGCCUUUCAGCCCGCCCCCCGCCUCCGGUUCGUUUAACCCACCACCUCCACCCUCGAUCGGCGAAGAAGUCGGCGAUGAAGAGGACGAAGAACCGCGGAUAGCGACAUCCUUUGAGCGGGACUCUCGGCCCACGUCGGCGCAGAAACAGGUGUAUCUUGAUACUGGAGGUGACGAUGGAAUAUACCGGAUGCACAAGUUUUCGCUGUAUGAAACGGCAACUUGGUUUUAUGUGGUGGGCAUGGAUCUGUCGGACACUCGAUUUCGGAUUCUGAAGAUCGACCGGACAUCUGAAACGGAUGACCUGAGUAUUACCGAGGAUGAUAUUGUGUAUACGAAGAGACAAAUGAGCCAGUUGCUGGAUGCGAUCGACGAUGGAAACAAAAGCUCUGGCGGGCUGAAGCUGAAAUGCAGUGCGUGGGCUAUUCUCGGGUUUGUGCGGUUCACCGGGGCAUACUACAUGCUUUUGGUCACAAAGCGCAGCCAGGUGGCUAUGCUUGGAGGACACUAUAUCUACAAGAUAGACGGCACUGACCUGAUUUCGCUCACCGCGUCUUCGAGUUCGUCUCGGUUCAAGUCUGACAAGAACCCCGAAGAAGCGAGAUAUAUCGCGAUUCUCAACAACCUCGACCUUACACGCGCUUUCUAUUUCAGUUAUUCGUACGACGUUACGCAUACACUGCAGCAUAAUAUCAGUCGCGAACGCAAGGUUCAUGAGGACGGACAGCCGAGGGAUCUGCGGCAGGAUUUCAACUCCAUGUUUAUCUGGAACCACCACCUUCUCUCGCCGGCCAUCAUCCAUUUGAAGAACCCAUAUCAGUGGUGUUUACCGAUCAUCCACGGCUAUGUCGAACAGGCCAAGAUGUCUGUCUACGGUCGGCUGGUGUACAUCACAAUUAUGGCUCGUAGAUCGCGCUUCUUUGCGGGCGCGCGUUUUCUGAAAAGAGGCGCGAAUGAUCUAGGGUAUGUCGCCAAUGAUGUAGAAACCGAGCAAAUUGUUUCCGAAAUGACCACGACCUCGUUUCAUGCGGCCGGUCCAGAUCUGUACGCGAGCCCGCUUUACACAUCUUAUGUUCAGCAUCGCGGAAGCAUCCCUCUUUACUGGACGCAGGAGAAUUCGGGAGUCAGCCCGAAACCUGACAUCCAGCUGAACCUUGUGGACCCAUUCUACUCUGCGGCUGCGUUGCACUUUGACCAUCUGUUUGCACGGUACGGCGCACCGAUUUACAUUCUAAAUCUCAUCAAGUCGCGGGAGCGGACACCGCGAGAGUCGAAACUGUUGAAAGAAUAUACGAAUGCAGUAGAGUAUCUGAAUCAGUUCCUCCCCGAGGACAAGAAGCUCAUAUAUAAACCCUGGGAUAUGAGUCGGGCGGCCAAGAGCCGAGACCAAGAUGUUAUUGACACUCUGGAAGAUAUCGCGGGCGAGAUCAUUCCAAAAACCGGCUUAUUCCAGAAUGGAUAUGACACGGCGUCGGGCUUGAAAGUACAAAACGGGAUUGCGAGAACCAAUUGUAUAGAUUGUCUCGACCGUACAAAUGCUGCCCAGUUCGUCAUUGGAAAGCGGGCGCUGGGCUACCAGCUUCACGCACUAGGCAUCAUCGAGGGAACGACUGUUGACUACGAUACUGAUGUUGUCAACCUCUUUACCGAUAUGUGGCAUGACCAUGGUGACAACAUUGCUAUCCAGUAUGGGGGGUCUCAUCUUGUGAACACCAUGGCAACAUACCGAAAAAUCAAUCAGUGGAGUAGUUCCUCUCGCGACAUGGUGGAGAGUUUCAAGCGGUACUACAACAAUUCGUUUUUAGAUGCCCAGCGUCAGGAGGCGUAUAACCUGUUUCUGGGCAACUACAUCUUCUCGCAAGGUCAACCAAUGCUCUGGGAUCUGUCGACCGACUACUACCUCCAUCACGCCGAUCCGAGAUACUGGGCCCACAAGAAGAAGCCGAAUUAUAUAAAGUGGUACACAGAGGAGAACCUGAAGGAACGAGAAAUGCCAGUUUCUGCAACUCAGGCCAAGGAGCCCUUGUCCCGGUAUGAUGAUUACUGGUUCGAAUACUAUCGUCCACUCGCCCUCACCUCGUUCUCCAAAGUCUUUUCGUACAAGAUGAACUCCACACUCAGAUACCUUCCUUUCCGACCAAGCUCCACAGAGGAAUACAAUCUCAGCCCUUUUGUCCCACGCAUCGCCCAUGAACACAUCAACCGGGAGCGACCCCAACGAAGCGUGAAAAUCCAAGAACCAGAGCCGUCAGCAACAAAUGCCCCGAAACAGAUUCACCAUCCACACUUCCUCGAAACGCCAACGGGGAUAAUUAAACUGCCACCGUCACAAGGGGGAACCCGUUCCACAACUUCCAGCCACCCGUCUAUGGAGUCAUCGGUCAACAACCCCAGUAAGGCACAAAUCGCUCAAUGGACGCUUGACCAGCUCGUAAGCGACUCCUUAAACCCCUCUGUGACUGGGACGGAAGCAGAGGAGUACGAACGCUAUAUCAACCACCCACUCAAAGUGCCGCUGGUCGUCACCUCGGAAGAUGAGCUAACAGCUGCGUCAAUCAGAGAGCACGAGUCAAAUCUCGACCUCCUGGAAUACGUCAACAAGUGCAAUGUAGAAGAAUAUACCCUUGGCGCGAACGCAGAGGAGAAUCUAGCCGACUACGCCGAAUUCCUGAAUGUCUCAGAAGAGGGCUUGACGGUCGUGAAAGAAGACCAGGAUAAGAAGAGGUAUAAGCGGUAUCGCCAGUGGUUGAAAGGGAAGAGUCUUUUUAAGCAGCGGGUUGAGGCGUAG